AUGGAUGUUUGUGGAAGACCACCAUCUGCGGUGGUUCCAGUUCNACUGAAGACCACCCUCUGCGGUGGUUCCAGUCUACUGCAGAGGAAGAAACUGACCACGGUGCGUCUCGGAGGAGAGAGAAAGACUCCCCGCAUACGAUUUGUUCUAGUAAGACUACACAGAAAAGUCCGACUGCUGAAGUCCAUCAUCCUCAAGAAAAUCAAGGACUACUACCAUUCUUGCGUGAAUGGCAUCAUUGAAGGUGGUGGCAUGGUUGAUGCAUAUGAAAAGGCACUUGCUAAGGAGACCUCGUUGUUCAUUCCCUUCUCGGGCGUUUUCUUCGAGAGCUAG